AUGCCUAUCGGCCGCACAGGAUUCGAUCAUACGAUACCUCUUAUCAACAGGUUGAUUCAAGAGUCCAAGACAAAGUACCGCUCGAAUGCGUUGUCACACGACCUACGUGCUCCUCGCAGUUGGGUGUUGGGUGGUUCUCGGAUGCUCCGGACGAUCCUGAUCAACCCCAGUGCUUACCUUGGGAGGAAAUACGGCGCUCAGUACAUCGUAGACGCAAGCGCAGCCUACAUGCUCUGCAUUUUCGUAUACCCUCCAGUAUCUUCUUCAGAAGUUGUUCUCACCCUAUCAUUCCACCCUCUCUCGCCGAUCCUGGUGCUCGGCCCCCCGGCCAUAUAUAACACUGUCAGUGUGUCUUCCUCGGCGAUCCAUCUCUGUACUGCAAGGCUCUGUACUGCAAGGCAGAAGAGCAGAACCCCGACCUCCUGGUGCCGGCGGGGAGUAGAAUCAUCGAUCAUAUGUUGGUGCUAUAUUCCGUACUCCAUAGCGCCGGGGAAGCGCGAUAGGCUAAAGAACCCUCCGUCCACCUGGGGAACUGGACUUGCCUAG